CUCAUACAAUACUAUUUUGAAAAUUCCUACCACUUUUCCUCUCACGACCUUACGUUCACGAACCUUCGUUCAAGUCAUACAUACAUAAUUACUUUCAGUUCUUUUUACAUACAUCCUCUUAAUUAGAUAAAAUGGGUUUCAAAGCAGGAGACGCAAAGAAGGGUGCCAACCUCUUCAAGACCAGAUGUGCUCAAUGCCACACUCUCGGUGAGGGUGAAGGAAACAAGAUCGGUCCUAACCUUCACGGUCUUUUCGGACGUCAAACCGGUUCCGUUGAGGGCUACUCAUACACCGACGCCAACAAGCAGAAGGCUAUCACCUGGGACGAGAACACACUUUUCGAAUACCUCGAGAACCCAAAGAAAUACAUUCCAGGAACCAAGAUGGCUUUCGGUGGAUUGAAGAAGGACAAGGACAGGAACGACUUGAUCCAACACUUGAAGGAGGCUACCGCAUAAAAGAUUUCACGACCAUUGUAUACAUAGAAUUAGACGCAGCGCCUUGUACUCUAAGUUAGACAGAUGCUCUCUGGGUAGAAGGAAUUUGGGUCACACGUUUUUCGACCUAUUAAAAUACAAAUAACAAAUACUCC